AUGCCCGGCCCGGCAGCGCCGGGGGCGGCGGCGGGGCCCGGCCCCGACCCGGAGGAGAGCUACGACUUCCUCUUCAAGCUGGUGCUGAUCGGGGACGCCAGCGUGGGCAAGACCUGCCUCGUGCAGCGCUUCAAAACCGGGGCCUUCGCCGAGCGCCAGGGCAGCACCAUCGGCGUGGACUUCACCAUGAAGAGCCUGGAGAUCCAGGGCAAGCGGGUGAAGUUGCAGAUCUGGGACACGGCUGGCCAGGAGAGAUUCCGAACUAUCACACAGAGUUAUUACCGCAGCGCCAAUGGAGCAAUCCUAGCCUAUGAUAUCAGCAAGAGAGGCUCUUUCCUGUCCAUUCCUCGCUGGAUCGAGGAUGUGAGAAAGUAUGCCGGUUCCAACAUAGUACAGUUACUGAUUGGAAACAAGUCUGACCUAAGUGACCUUCGAGAGGUUCAGCUGGAAGAAGCUCAAAGUCUAGCUGAACACUAUGAUAAUAUCAUCUGUGCCAUAGAGACCUCUGCGAAAGACUCCAGCAAUGUGGAGGAGGCUUUUGUGAAGAUGGCUACAGAGCUCAUGAUGAGGCAUGGAGGCCCUAUGUUCAGUGAGAAGAAUACUGACAGCAUCAAGCUUGACAGCAAAGACGUUGUAGAAGGCUGGGGGUGUGGUUGCUGAUAUGAGCUAGGUGAUAUCCCUAACUUUACUGGAAUUUAGAUGGUGCUUGACCCUAAUGCUGAGUAGCAUGGUAGCCAUAUUCUCCUCCUCCUGUGAGACCAGCAAUUUUGUAGAAGUUAGACACAAUCCUGUUUGCUUUGGUGUCUUAUUUUUAAAAAGGGACUCUUGAGAGGUAGUCCUAAAAGUCAAGCCCUCUGAAAAACUUACUCAACAUUUGUCCCCACCAUUUUCUUUUCUGUAACCUUCAUACAAGCUACAAAAGUGGAGGAAACAACUUUGAACUGGUGAUGUGGAGUGGGGAGACGGAUGGUUGGGGAAGAGACUGAUGCUCACCCAAAGUUCUGAAGCAUUUAGCAUGGGACUGGUGGUAAAGGAGGUCACUUUUGGAAUAGGCAAUCUUGACAGUGUCUCUUUAAAUCCUCAGCACUCCACCCACAACCAGAAAGUGACAGUGUCUUUGAUAAAGGUAUUUCAAGUGUCAGAAUACCCAACGUUUUGAUUACAGGACCAAAUAGCAGUUCCCUGUCCUAGGGCACAUGGAUUGCUAGUUAG